GUACUUAUAUAGUUUUCUUGAUUACAAUUUCAUUCUUGACGCAUGAUAUGCAAACAAAACCAGAUCAGCCUUACCUUUCAACUCAAGGGCCGAUUCGCAUGAUCCGAUCCGAUCUGCUAAUCUACUUUUGUUUCCCGUUCGGCAAAACACGUUCAGACGUGAGCAAUGAGCAUAUCAGUGCGUUUUUAGCGGUUGAGCCGACUUCCUCGGAGAAUCUCGGGAUUAAUUCUUUUUCAUUGUAAGACGAUAAAUGUAAAAUCAGACGCAUUUAACCAUAAAAUCACACAUAGUAGAUCGAAGCCAAAAAGACGUUGAACGUUUCUCCUUGAAUUGCCAUAGUCCUGCUGGAUUUCCAGGAAAAGAACCGAGUCAACAAUUAUUUUAUGGAAUUCCUUAUUUACGAAUAAACGACGAUUUUUUUACUGUUUGCAGCGAAGCUUGUAAAAUGGGCAACACGCACAGCAGUAGUGAUUCUGACUCUGAUGGAUUCCACAGACGUAAUCCUUGGGAUGAAGAUGACAGUGAUGAUAGUGACGAAUCGCGUCGAAGGCCACCUUCUCCACCGCCCAAGAAACCAAAACUUGAACUAAAGUACAACGAACAAGACAAUGAGGAAGAAGACGAUGACGAAGGUUCCGAGAUUGAGAAGUCAACCUACAAAUCGCAACAUGGGUUGCUGACUGCAAUGAAUUUCAAUUCUAUUUUGUGAUGGAAAAACUUAAAACGGAUGAUAAGACACACUUUGGUGUAUACGUUUGCGUUUUGAGUAACAUACGAUCUGAAGCUACAGUCAGUUACAAAAGUUACGUAAUUAAAUUAAUACUUUAAAUUCAUCAAAAUUCCACAAAUUUCCUCGAAAGCCAGGUUUUCGUUUUUUAGGAUCAUUAAGUGAAGAUCGACUUUUGGAUGAUUAUUGGUCAUAUCGUUUCGUGCCUGACGAUAAUCGUCAGUUAACAUUCAAGAUCAAUAUUUAUUUUAAAACACCAUCAUCCAAUCUUAAAUUAGAAAAACUGUUGAAAGAUAAUAAAGCAAAGAGUAUUAGAUUAGUUGUGAACGGUAAAGAAUUUCCUGCUAAUAGAACCAUUAUGAAAGAAAGAAGCGCAACUUUUGCAAAGUUAUUGGAUAAAGAUAAGAAAGCAAGCAAACUGGAGAUCAAUGAUGUUGAUCCUGAUAUCAUGAAACAGAUACUAUUAUUCAUUUAUAGUGGCUAUGUAACAAAGCUGUUUACAUACGCAAAAGAACUUUCAGCUGCAGCUGAUAAAUUCAAGUUGAAGGAUUUAAAAGUAAUAUGUAAAAAGGUUUCUUAAGUCAAAAUGAAGCCACUUACAUUUAGUUUGUAAUUUAUUUUCUAAUCUGAUUAAACAAAUCUAUUGUUGAAUCAGAAUCAAGCAGUUUAUACAAAUGAAGUAUAUUCCUUUUUUUAUUUUUAUUUAUAGUAUAAGUAAUACUAUAUGUACUAUUUUAUGUUUCAUAAAUGUUAUGUAUGUUGGAGAUAUCUCAUUUUGUCUCAUAUUUAUUAUUUUAUUGUUGAAGUAACUCGUACACAGAGUAAAUUUUAAAAAAGGUGUUCAAGUCCUAUUUGACGUAUUAUGACUAAAAAAAUCAUCAGUUGAUAAAUGUAAAAAUCAUCAUCAUUGUAAGAAUGGUAUUAUGAUUGAAAUUUCAAUUAAAAAAACUAAAA